UUGAUCGCUUCGUCGAUAUGUCGCCGAUUUUUUUGUAUGUUUCACGCGAGGACAAGUGAUUUACAAUUUUCGGAAGAUGAAAGCUUACAUUCAAGGCUCUCUUUGUGCAUAACGAACUCGAUAUAUUGAACGUCUCGCGAGUUCUUCGAUUAGAUUAUAUUUUAUAUUUGAACUGAAAAUCGCUAAUGCAAUAAAUAAUAACUAAUCAAAAUGUUAUCGUUGUGCUGCAUUUACUUGGCGUUUCUGUUGUCUCAAGUCAGCAGUCAGGAGACUCCAAUUGAAGGUACUGCAAUAGAAGAAAAUGGUUCUCCUGGUAUCAGCGGAUGGGUCGAAGACCGCGCCAUGAGUUUUUUCGAACUAUUUCUUCCAGAAAAUAAUCUCGUCGAAGGUCGCAAAAAGAAGGCGAAAUUGAGCAAGUACGUUUUGCCUUUGGUAGUCGGUUUUUUGCUCAUUAAAUCAAUCCUCCUUCCGAUUGCCUUGAAGACUUUAGCUGUACUGAGCGGAAAGGCGGUGAUACUAAGUUUGAUGAGUCUCAUCCUUGCGUCCAUUGUGGGGCUCAAAAAGGUUGCUCAGGGAUCAGGCAGUGCCAACUAUGAAGUUGUAAACGUCCCAUUGAGCAAGUAUAGGCGAAACGAGGAUUACAGACGAGCUGAUCCUGAUGACGAUGACGAUUUACCCUACAAAUAUUAUCGAGAUUGAAAACAAAAGUGAUAAUUUCAUCACGCAUGGAUCUGCACAGACAUGAUUGACAUUUAAGACAAUAAUUAGGCAAUGUUAAAUGAAAUCAAUUAAUCAAGAAAUAUUUAGUAACCUGUUUUCUGAGUAUUUUCUUCAGAAGGUCAUUUUUGUUUUGAAAAGUGUAAGAUUGGAAAUACUUAAAGAAGAAUAGACGAAAAGUUUUAACCAAGUUAUUGAUUAUUUCAUUAGUUUGCGUUUAAUACGUUGAAUUGCUUUUCAUGUUAUAGUACAUCGCAGUCUAUACUGAUGAAAAUUUUUAAUGGGACGCUUAGAUUAGUUCACAUAGCGAUUCGUUGAGUCUUCAGUUGCAGAAUGUUGAGUAAUAAAAGUCGAGAGUGGCAGUGCUCAUAGGAAAGUUGUCAAUUCUUUGCAACGCGGGCAGAAAUGAACACGAAUCUAGAAAAGCGAAAUCUUACUCACCUUGAACCUUUUAGGCUGUAAUGAAGUGCCUAGAAAUUCCAUUUUAAAAUCAUAUAAACGAUCUUGACCGCGCUUGAACUGGUAGUGAAGAAUAUUUCUACAAAAUCUGUAGACAUUCCAAACGACGCAAGUUACAAAAGUUAUGUCAGAUGCCGAGGGAGAAAGUUUCUCUUUUACCGGACGCGAAGAGUUAAUGAAAUCACUCUCAAGUCCGGCUUCAACGUAAUCCUUUUGACUCAUUCACCAGAAUUGGGGUCUGCCAUUUCCGCAUUCAUUUUAUUCAACAUCCUAAAGACUUCGCAAACGGACUGCUGACCUGAGUCCAUUUGCGAACUCAAUACCUGUGCGCCACGUAGUCCAAUUGAUAGACUACUAUAAGUGAUAGAUUAAAUUGUAUAGAAACUCAAUAAGUAUUCUGUCAGUAGUUUUAUCUUGUUGUUUGUCUAGGUUUAAUUUAUUUGAUUAUAUUUCAUUGUAAGAGAAAAAGAUUCAAGGGUUGGAUGAACCCGUCAAUAAACUUUUGUAACCAUUUCGCAAAAAUGCGCUCAUUGGUUAAAGAUACCAGAUUAUUGUCAGUCUUUACUUAUGCAUACCGGGAAUAGAGGAAGUUUAGAGUGAGUCCAAAUGCAACCAAAUUCAAACCUUGGCUGCACGUGGCUAGCCUCGACCUAGUCCCGCAGGGCAUUGACCGACCCUCAGGACCCGUCCUCCAGGGUAUUCUAAUAACGAGAGUCUUACGUCUAGGAAUAAUUAUGUAAUUAUUCGUGAUGAACCCUCAAAGUAAUAUGCUCAUCUUACACGAUUCCUGUACCGUCACAUCCUUAAAUAAGCGAAAUCAUUCUUAAAAAUCAGAUAACAUUGUUCUGGGGAGCGUGCUAAAGUGACAUAAAUAAUUUU